ACCGUUCACUGAACUACUAAGGGACCAUAUAUCCACAUCGAUAUGACAUAGAUAGAGGCACAAAACCAAAAAUGUGAACGUAGCAUAGGCUAGACACAAACUCAACCAAAUAUUCGUACUACCAAACAUAUUUUGAAACGUCUACCUGGAAAGCAUACGAAGAAAGGCAACAAAGAAGAGAAGACAAGCGCAAUUCGAAGAAAACUGCAAAUAAAAACCAAGAACGACAGCGGAUCAUGUUUGUUCCCUUGCCGGUGCCGUUCGUCUUUCAGAGAACUGCUUCCGACUUCAGCGCCUGGCGUCUCAAGUCCCCGCUGGCUCUACGCUCCAGCUCCGAUAUCAGGAUGUCAAAACCAGCAGAGGACGAGAAACCUGGGACAGACUUUCCAGGGGAGAGCACAGACUCAGAGAGGAACAGUCCCGAUGCAAAUGAUCAGGUUCAGCCAAUGAAAACGAGUCCCUUCAGUCUUUCUCCUUCCUUGAGCAACACCAAGAGUAAAAGUGAGGCUGGCCCUGAGAUGACCUCCACCCAUGUGCCGCCUCCCUCCCAGCAGCAGACACCUCACUCUCACACACAACUCAUGUUGGCAGGGAGUCAGCUGGCAGGGGAUAUCCAGCAACUGUUGCAGCUGCAGCAGUUAGUCCUGAUGCCCGGCCAUCACCUGCAGUCUCCUCAGUUCCUCCUGCCUCAGGCCCACGGACAACAGGGGCAGCAGGGUUUGCUCUCGACACCAAAUUUAAUUUCGCUACCUCAGCAUCAGCAAAGCCAGGGGAGUCUUCUAACUACACCACCCAGGCUGGGACUGCAAGCACAGGUACAGGACAAGAGCGGGGACGGCGGCGUGACCUCCGGGGCCUCGGCCGCCCCCAUGACCUCGGUGACCUCUGGCCCGCACGGCGAGGAGCCAAGUGACCUGGAGGAGCUGGAGCAGUUCGCCCGCACCUUCAAACAGAGACGCAUCAAACUGGGCUUCACACAGGGUGACGUUGGCAUGGCAAUGGGGAAACUGUAUGGGAAUGACUUCAGCCAGACCACCAUCUCUCGCUUCGAGGCCCUCAACCUGAGCUUUAAGAACAUGUGCAAGCUCAAGCCUCUGCUUGAGAAGUGGCUAAACGAUGCAGAGACCAUGGCGAUAGACAACAUGCUUCCCAGCCCCAGCUCUCUCUCCUCCCCCAUGAUGGGGUUUGAGGGCAUGACGGGGCGCCGCAGGAAGAAACGCACCAGCAUUGAGACCAAUGUCCGUGUGGCCUUAGAGCGCAACUUCAUCUCGAACCAGAAGCCUAACUCAGAGGAGAUCCUCCUGAUGGGAAAGCAGCUCAACAUGGAGAAGGAGGUGAUCCGGGUCUGGUUCUGCAACCGGCGCCAGAAAGAGAAACGCAUCAACCCCUGCAGUGCCACCCCUCCCCUGCCCAGCCAGUCCUCCCUUGUGACGCACAAACCCCCCUGCUACAACCCACACAUGAUGUCUAGUCAGGGGCUGCACCAGGCUGCCACCAGCCUCAGCACAACCGUGACCAGCCCAUCGCCCUCGGCAACCUGCCCUCUGACCCCCAGUGGCUCUGCAACUAUGAGCUCCGCCACCUCCUCUGUGACUCCGCCUCCACACAGCACAGCCAGCAACGCCCCUCCCGCCCUCAGUGCCCACAGCCUGAACGCUGGGAACACAAUGAUGGGAGUAAGCACAGGGAUGAACCAGGCUCUCAUCAGCAGCAAUCCCCUGGCCACAAUGCAAGCUCUGGCUGCCAGUGGUGGGCAGCUGCCCAUUUCCAGUCUUGAGGCCGGAGGUCAGAUGAUCCUGGGCGGGGCUGGGGUUCGCCCCUCCCUAUUCCUCAACCGCCACACCCUCCUGCCUAUGGCGUCCCACCAAGCCUGUGUGGGAUUGGUCGGCGGUCCCAGGGGCGACUCUCCGCCCCCCCCGCGCCAGAGGCAUGGACGUCGACUCCUGCUCCGCCUCUCCCUGCUCCAGCCCUGCCUCCUUCUGCUCGUUCAGCGAAGCCUCCGCCGCCGCUUGGCGGGGCCAUGGCCGAGUGACGACGACACAACCCAAAGGUUCCUGUCGGAAGGUGGAGGAGGAGGAGGAGUUUUAGAGGAGCUUUACAGAAACACCUCGCCUUUCAACCAAAGCCAUCUCUCUCUCCCUCCAUUUGUCGCCUUCGCUCUCUCUCCCGGAGUCUUUCAAAGCCAAAAAAUACACAGAUUGAAAGAGGAAGACGAGAGCGAGGAAGAAUGGAGAAGAGGAGAGAACAGGAGAACGGUGGAGAUUUAAACCAAAAAAAAUGAUCUAUCUAUACAGUUGGAGAGGUGGCAUUGUGGAACUUUUUGUCGGCGGUGAAUGCUAAUGUACAUUUACUCCUUUCUAUAGAAAAGAACAAAUGAGCUAAAAACAAACAGCUGAAAAGAGGGCAGGGAUGACAACUUAACUAAGACUUUGUGUGAGAGAUGGGUGGCAAGGACAGGAAAGGAAGGAAAGACUACAAGCUUCAGUGGAUGGAUGGAAAGACAACCACAUUUGAAAAAACCUAGAAGGGAAAAACACACAAAGAUAAACAAUGACAAACAUGCCAAAAUCUCCAAAACCGAAAUACCAAAAACUGAAACCAAAAAAACAAAACGGAGAGAAAAGCUUUACUUAAAAGACUUAUGAUUCUGAUCUGUUCAGGAUCAGCACAUCACCCACACUCAAAAGCAUGUAUGAUUUCAUCGUAAUAUUAUUAUUAUUAUUUUUAUUUUUUUAAAGUUUUCAACACUUAUUUUUGUAUUUUAUAUGAUUUGAGCAUUGGGUUAUGUCAUACCAAAUGAGCAUGAUUUGAUAUAGAUAUCUUAGUAGUGUCAGUCCUCCCACAUAUCUUUGCCUACCUCUAGUGGCUGUACAGUUUCAACUUAUUUACAGCACAAAGCCGUGUUGUGGAUUUAGCAGUCACCUCGAAUUAUUAACUUUACAACUUAUUCUGUGGUAUAUUUUCCUAUUCAAUUUUCAAUUUUUCAAUUCCUUUGUUUAUUUCACAUUUUGCUGAUUGAAUCCUCAUUGUCAUGAUCAUCAUAAGAAUCACCCUCGUCAUUAGGGCUAUUAACUUCAACAUUUGUUUAAUAUGAUGAGAUAAUGUUGCCUCCAUUGUUUCAUAACUUCUUAUGUACAAUUCUCUAGCACCUUCCCCUUGCGAAGAUAAGGGCACUGGGCCUUUUUCUCAAAGGUUUGAUGAGAUUGGAGAACCCACUGGGAGGGAUGUUAGACACUACCUCCACGCAGAAUAUUUCCAGAUCCUUUGUCUGCCCUUAUGGACUUCCCUCUUCAAUUCAAACGACAAUGGGGUUCAAGUCCGGAGACUGCAAAAUGUUGAUUUCUGUGGCCAAUGAAACUUUUCUUUGUGGAUUUGGAUUAGUGUUUGGGAGUUAUUGUCUUGCUGGAAGAUCCACUUGUGGCAAAAUAGCCCCAUAAUGUCAAAGAUCCACCACCAUAUUUUACUGUAAUGAGGUACAUUUCUUCAUAUUCUUCUGUAUUUCAACGCCAAACCCACCACUCGUGUGCAUGGUCAAAGAGAUCUUUUUUUUCAUGUCAUCUGAUCAUAGCACUGUCUGGAGUUUUAUAAACUCAUAAAGAAAUGGGGUAAUUGACCACAAAAUCUCAAUUUUGCCAUGGCUACCUGUUGUUUGAAGGCUCAGUGUAGUUAUCCUUGCAAGGGGAAGGUGCUCGAGUAUUAAAAACCCGGGAAUCAUUCUGAUCCUUAUCUUUUCUUUCUUUCUUUUUCUCUGAGAAAUUGUAUUAGUAUAAAAUAAUAUAAUUUCCCCACUUAUUUUGCAAACAACAAGUAUUUGUAUAAUUUAUUUUAUACUGUAUUUUUUGCUAAUCUUUAUCAAUGUAUAUAUGAACACCAAAAUGUACUCUA